CCCACAAACUUUGGCAAAUUUCUUCACUCAAUUGAAGAUUUUCGCAUUCCUCAAUUCCUCACACCACACACAACGACACACGACCAUCCAUUGUUGCAGGCUUCUAUUCCCAACCUGUCAAGAUGGGUGCCCUCAAGUAUGUCGAAGAGCUUCAGAAGAAGAAGCAGUCCGAUGUUCUGCGAUUCCUCCUCCGAGUCCGCUGCUGGGAACUUCGUCAAUUGAACGUCAUCCACCGCGCCUCGCGUCCCUCGCGCCCCGACAAGGCCCGCCGCCUCGGAUACAAGGCCAAGCAGGGCUAUGUCAUCUACCGUGUGCGUGUCCGCCGCGGUGGUCGCAAGCGGCCCGUGCCUAAGGGUGCCACCUACGGCAAGCCCACCAACCAGGGUGUGAACCAGCUGAAGUACCAGCGAUCCCUCAAGGCUACCGCUGAGGAGCGUGUCGGCCGCCGCUGCGCCAACUUGCGAGUCCUAAACUCGUACUGGAUCAACCAGGACUCCACCUACAAGUACUACGAGGUUAUCCUCGUCGACCCCCAGCACAAGGCCAUCCGCCAGGACCCCCGCAUCAACUGGAUCGUCAACCCCGUGCACAAGCACCGCGAGGCCCGUGGUCUCACCGCUACCGGCAAGAAGUCGCGUGGUCUCAACAAGGGCCACCGCUACAACAAGACCAAGGCUGGUCGCAGAAAGACCUGGAAGAGACACAACACCCUCUCCCUAUGGCGUUACCGAUAAGCGCGUGCGCCUAACGGAGGCGGAGGUGGAAACUAGGGGACGUGCGACGACGGCUUGGUUGUGGAUGUCGUGGUUACGGCAGGGAACAACGUCUUUCUUCAGGGUCAAUAGGGCAUGCGUCGGGCUCAUGAGUUAUGCCUGGAGUUACUGCACGUAGUCUACAUAGGAACAAGAUUCUUCCUGGGACGAAAAAAUUAUUUGCUUUCGGCUGUUUA